AUGAUGCGUUCACCCCCUCGAGCCGGUCGGUCAAUGAGCCCUGAAGCAGCUCUGUCCGCACAAGCUGAAGCCAGACGAUUGGCUGCAUAUCCGGGAGCUAAGAUUCCGGAUGCCAACAGUGAACCUGCCAUCGAUCGAUAUGAUUGGCCGGCACCACCCUCACCCGCUGUCGUCAUGAUUGACAGACGUAAGUUGUCAAUUUUAUUGCCCUGUGGUGACCAAAAACGUCGAUAA